AUGUUGGUUGAGAAUGGAGUUCCAGACUCCAGCAUUUCUAGAUUGCUUCAAGCGAAUAGCAUGGUACUCAACACAAAUGGCCUUCUAAACCUGGUCCAGGAAUUAAAGGAUUUGGGGUUUAAUCCUUCACAAUCAAUUUUCUCAAUAGCAUUGCAUGCCAAAAGAACGGUAAUGAAAGCCAGGUGGAAAGAGAAAGUUGAAGCCUUUAAGAAAUGGGGUUGGUCGGAUGAAGAUGUUCUAGAAGCAUUUCGAAAGCAGCCUCAUUGUAUGUUAACAUCCGUUGAUAAAAUAAAUAUAGUGAUGAACUUUUGGGUCAAUCAGUUGGGUUGGGAUGCUAUGGCCAUUGCCAAAGUACCAAGAAUUUUGGGGGCCAGUAUGGAGAGAAAGGUCAUACCAAGGGCCUUAGUUGUGCAAUAUCUUCUGAAGAAAGGUUUGCAAAAAAAGAAUGCAAGUUUAACUUCUCCAUUUCUAAUCAGCGAUAAGAAGUUCAUUGACAAAUAUAUAAAUCCUUUUAAGGAGGAGGCUUCUUAUCUCUUAAAGCUUUAUGAAGAAAAACUAAGUCUUGCACACGACAAGGACAACAAAGAUGUCAUGAUAUGA